CACACACACGUGCGGAUUUCAUUAGAGACAUAAACAGCUAGGAGUACUUUAGGCUCUCAGAUGGAGAAAAUCACACAGGUGACGGGAGACCAAAGACGUAAUGGUAUUUGUAGGCAGUUUGUAAACGGUGCAUGCAGGUUGGGUCAGCACUGCUCUUAUCUGCAUGAAUUUCCUGCGGUACCUUCAGUUCAAGUGUGCAGGUACUUCCAAAAAGGAGGCUGCUGGUUUGGGGAAAACUGCAGGUAUCUUCAUAUUGCCGGUCCAGACAGUGAGUCUUCUGGUGCCAGGCGUGGUUCAGCACCUGUAGUCAAUGCUUCUGCCUUGCCAGGUCGUGUUUCAGCUAAUCGGCGGGGUUCUGAGCCUUCACUUUACCCUGUGCUGGGUGCAUACAGCUGGAGGCGACGAGGGUCUGAACCCUUGAUCUUGGGUUUAAGCUACCAGCAUACUUCACAACGUCCAACUACAGAUAUUGCUGAGGAGGAAGAGAAUGCUGUGUCGGAAGCAGGGUCUAUACUUCACCAGCAGGAGAAGGGGUUACAGCCACAGGAAAGUGCUGACCUGAGUUCCCAUCGUUUACCCUGCAAUAUUGCAGAUGACCCUGCAUCUAAAGCUGCAUCAGAGGGUCAAGAGAGAACUGAUUCUAAGACAGACAAGCAGGAGAGUGGUGCAACAGCUUCGGUUGACCAGGGACAAUCUGAGUCCUACAAUCAAAGCAAAGACGUCAUCUGUGGUAUUUGCAUGGACAAAGUUUAUGAAAAAAGCACAGUGCGUGAGAGACGCUUUGGAAUCCUGCCCAACUGCAGUCAUGCCUUCUGUCUUGGCUGCAUUAUGACUUGGCGAAAGACCAAAGACUUUCAGGAAGAGGUCAUAAAAGCCUGUCCACAGUGUAGAGUGAAGUCCUCUUUUUACAUUCCCAGUAAGUACUGGGUUUAUGAGAGUGAGCCAAAGGAAGCACUGAUUGCUUCAUUUAAAGACAAGAGCAGUAAAAUAAAGUGCAAUUUCUUCAUGCGUCAUGGAUGCUGCCCCUUUGCAUCGGAGUGCAUCUUUAGCCAUGAGCUACCACCUGGCCACAGACCUCAACGCAGAUGUUUUAGACCAAAGAGUGCUUUGGAGUUGCUAGAAGAUAUGGAUAGUGAGGACCAGCGGCUUUUAAGCUAUCUUAUUGCCCUGACCCUUUUGGAUGAUGACGACUUUGAUUUUGUCCAAUUUGAGCUUGUUUGAUGGAGGGGCAAAGCUUUUUCGUGUGUACAGGGUCUUGAUGGUCAUUAACUUGUAAUUGAUUUUGAUGUGCCAUUAACAGUCUCUGGGCAUGAUUUAUAUUCAGACCUCUUGUCACCCAAAGCACUAAACUGCUUGAGGCAUUGUACGUUUAAUCUUCAGUCUCCAUCUGGCUUUUGAUUUAAGAGGUUACUGACAUUUUGUUUUCAAUGGGAUGGCAUUUUGAAAGUAGCUCUACUUUUCUCCAAGUUGGGUCUAAAGUAUUUUGUAGCUUUAUAAAAAGGCUGAGGAAAAAAAUUGUCAUACUUGAAUUUAGUACUUGUUUACUUAUGUACUGUUCUUGGAAUUGGAGUCAUAUCUGUUUGUACGUUACUUCAAAAAUGGAUUUUAAUGAUGCAAGUCUUUCGAUUUUUAUUUGUGUAAAACAGGCCAGGGUGCUUACCUCCAAUCUUUAACUGAGUCCAGCAUAAUCUGGUAGUUUGCACAUUUGAUUACCAGGUUUUUGUUUAAUUGGGAACUUGAACCAUGCUGGACAUCAGGAUCAGAGCUAGGCACCUCUAGGCUGAAAUGUACCACUUGGGCCAUGUCUGUUAUUCCUGUUAAACCAAACACUGACUACUUCUGGCUUUUUUUUUUUUUUUUGCUGACCUUGCUUUAACUCAAAUGUAACUUGUUGACUGGCUUAUGGAAACAUUUAUAUUGGUCAAUACUACAAUAUACACCAAGACUUGGCAUCAGGUUUUAUGACUUUUUUUUAUUAAGUGUUUGACUGGGGCGGGGGGAAAAG